GCCCUCUGGCCCCGGAAUGCCAUUCCCUGUGUGCUGUCCCUCCAUCCCUUGUCAGUGGUGAAUUCCCAGGGGGAACCACAGGGCACCGAGGUGGUUUUGGGUAAGCCAGAAGUGGUCCCCGGAUAUUGCGCUCGGCACGCGUCGAAUGCGACGAACACCGAGACGUCUGAAAAAGGGAAACUGUCCCCAAAAGUGGGUGAAGGUUCAUGGACAAUUAUAGCACCUGGACUUCGCCCGGCAGCCCCGGCCCCUCCUGCCCCGCUUGGCAGAGGAGCACAAAAACAUUUGGCUAAUGAGUUACGGGUCCAGCCCCGGGGUGGCCCUGCCAUCUCGCUCUGACGGCCCCAAUCAGGGCUGGGGCAUUUUGCAAUCUGGGAUAUUAUUUCUGUGCAGUUGGAGUUUAAACUUUGCCAUUCGGGUCAGGGAAUCACAAAGGAGGAGGAAGAGGAGGAGGGUGAAGGCCGGGCUUGUUGUCCACCGCGCUCCCCUGUGCUCAGAGAGGGUUGAGAGGACAAUCCAUGGCAUCUCCCUCAGCCAUGGCCUCCAGCGCGGGCAGCCUCGAGAGCCUGGAGCUGCUGGAUCUCCUCUUCGACCUCCAGGACGGGAUCCUGCGCGAGGUGGAGCUGGGGACGCCGCCGGGAGCCUGGCCCCAGGACAGGCGUGCCCCGGACAGCAACGACUUCCUGAGCUCCGUCCUGGGCUCCGGGGACUCGGUGUCGGACUCGCCCAGCUGGUCCCCGGCCACCAGUGACAGCGGGGUGUCCGAGGACCCCCCCUCUGACCAGCAGGACAGCCCUCCCCGCAGCUGUGACAGGGGUCCCCGAGAGGUCCUGUACCCCUACACCGACCCCUGCCGGGCCCAGCCCCUCCCGGCGGGGUCUGGGGUCCUGCAGCCCGAGGUCUCCAUCGACCUGGACAUGUGGCACCCUGGGUUCUUCCUGGAGGAGAGCCAGGACCUGCCCGUGAUCCCCCCGCCUGCAUCCUGUGCCCUCACCGUCAAGGACCUGCUGCUAUCGGGCAGCUCUGACAGCCAGCCACAGGCUCCUGGCUCCCUGCUCCGGCCCAGCCAGGGCCACUUGCAGGAGCUGGUGCUGACGGAGGAUGAGAAGAAGCUGCUGCUGAAGGAGGGGGUGACCCUGCCCACGCAGCUGCCCCUCACCAAGUACGAGGAGCGGGUGCUGAAGAAGAUCCGGAGGAAGAUCCGGAACAAGCAGUCGGCUCAGGAGAGCCGCAAGAAGAAGAAGGAAUACAUCGAUGGGCUGGAGAGCAGGAUGUCGGCGUGCACGGCUCAGAACCAGGAGCUGCAGAGGAAAGUCCUGCACCUGGAGAAGCAGAACUCAUCCCUCCUGGAGCAGCUGAAGAAGCUCCAGGCCAUGGUGGUUCAGUCAAGCAACAAAGCAGCACAGACAGGAACCUGCCUGGCGGUCCUGCUGCUCUCCUUCACCCUCAUUGUCUUCCCCUCCAUCAGCCCCUUCGCCCCCAGCAAGGCCGAGGCAAACGGCGACUUCAGGCCCGUGCGAGUUUUCUCCAGGUCCCUGCACAACGCCGCCGCCUCCCGCGUGGUUCACACCCAGCCCCAGGCCGGGGAAGAGAAGCCCCCGGAGCCGCUGUGGUCGCAGCCCCUGCAGGAGACCCCCGAGACCCUGCACGAGGCUUUCCAGGGCACGUUCCCGGCCCUCCCGGACAAAGGCUCCCUCCAGAACGACACGCGGCCAUCGGCCGCCGAGGGGCUGAGCCACGAGGACGGGCACCACGCCGAGGCCGUGCCAGGGGACGGCUCCGUGCCGCACCCGGGGCUGGCAUCCCUGGCGUGGUCCGAGCCCGGGCACGGCCGGCCCGCGGUGCUGGAGCCGGCGGAGGAGCUUUAGGCAGAGCAGGGAGCACGGGGGUGCCACGGGGUGACAGCCCCUCACCCCCUACAGGACACGCCCUCGGGGGGAUCCGCCUCCGGAUGCUGGACCUGCUUGGAUUCUGAGAACUGGGAAGAGGAGACCGGUUCCCACUGGCCUUACUGGGAGGAAAGGGGCUGCCCCUGCCCCCCCGGCACGGUGGGACUUGUGGAAAGGACCUGCGGUCACUCAGGAUGGCGCUGAGGAAGCAGGAGGGGCCCUGGCCUGGUUGGCUGCUGAUGGUGCAACUGGUUGGUUUUGCUCUCGGUUUUGGUUUUUGGUUUUAGAAUUUUAUUUUCAUCUCUAAAUAUAAGAUAUUUUG